GCCGGGCGGGGCAGCGCGGACCCCCCGCCUCUCCCGGCGCCUCCCCCGGGCCGCAGCCCCGAGCCCGCCCGGCCCGGAGCGCGGCGGCGGCGCGGCCAUGGGCUCCCGGCUGAGCCGGCAGAGCAGCCUGGAGGAGGAGAGCGCCGAGGAGCCCUGUCCCGGCAGGCUGGAGAGCGGCCGGGGCGACUUCCACCUCUCGUCGCUGCUCCUGCACCCGCAGAAGCUGCCCGGGGUGCUGCGGAAAGCCUCGCCCGCGCCCUACGUGCGGCGGGUGGGGUGGCUGCGGGAGAUCCAGGCCACCAUCCGCGAGCACAAGCGGGAGCACGCCGUGCACAUCCUCCGGCUGCUGAGGAAGGACCUAGGACUGGAAGGAACAUUUCUCAAUGAAGUGCUCUACAAAAAUGCAACUUUCCUCAACUUGGUGGACCCCAUCUCCCAUGACCUGCUGAUGAGCCUUGCUAGAGACCUGCAGUGUCCCAAAAAGGAAUAUGACCCCUGGAAAUCCUCGGACAGGAUCUGCAGGCAGCUCAUUUACCACCUGACGCCGCACUCCAAGUGGCCCCGGCACGGGAUGCCCCGCAGGAAGUCCCAAGUGUGCAGCCUGAAGACCAGCCUGCAGAAGAAGGUGAGCCAGGACUCCAUGGAUUUGUCCGGGAUCCCCCUGACCAUGCGGGAUGUCCACCGCAUGGCCUACUACCUGCAGAACAACGGGGCCCACCUCACCUCGGUGGACCUGAGCUUCACGGAGCUCAACGACGACAUGGUGCGCCUGCUGCUGCCCUUCCUCUGGGCGCUCCCCAAGCUCACCCACCUGUCCCUCAACGGCAACCGCCUGACGCGGGCCACCAUGAAGGAGCUCACUGACACCAUGAAGGACAUGAACAAGUUCCCCUGCCUGGCCUGGGUCGACCUCGGCAACAACGUGGACGUCUCCUCCAUGCCGCAGCCGCUGCUGGUGGGCCUGCGCAAGCGCCUCAGCCAGCAGACCACGCUGCCGACCAUCUAUGAGGCGCUCGACUGCGACGCUGAGCUCGCCGGCGGGCACGAGGGCAGCCAGCCAGGGGAUGAGGCUGCCGGAAGCGCCCCGCCACGUGCUCUUUCUCAGCAGGGCUGCGAGAGGUGACUGAACACGCCGGCAUGCUGAGGCCACCCCAAGGAGAAGUUUUGAGUACGAACAUCAAGCAGAGGGCCAGCUUGACCAGCUUCCCUUGGCUCUUUUCUCUCGCCUUCCCUGACAUCUUCCCCCCCUCCUGCUGUGAGACAAAAGCCUGUUGUCCCCCCACAGCCUGCUCCGCUCCCUCCCCUCGCUGCCAAACCCAUUGCCCACGUUCCAGAGAGGAACCGGUGACUUACAGUGAACCUGGUCCCCAGGCAGGGUCUCACUGGAAGACGGGAAAGGACCUGUCGGAGUCAAGAAUAUCCUCCAGCAGCCAUUGGGUUGAGGGAAAGGGAUUGGGGGGAACCUAAAACAGAAACAGGCUUGUAGUCUACUUCCCUUCUUCCUUUUCCUAUGAACCUUGGAAACCUUGGGACCUGCAGCCUUGAGUGUGAAAGGAGGUACCCCAAGAGCCUAGUGCUGUGGAGCUUAGUGGAAGGGCUCAGAGGCCAGAGCUGGAGCCCGGCAGUGUGUCUCCCUCUUGUGUCUGGCUCCUUUUGUUUUGUUUUUUUCCUAUUGUGUGUUUUGUAUGAACGUCUGAACAAAGGGACCUGGUCAGAGACCAUUGGAUCACAUAGGCUGGGGCGGACACAUGGCUUGGAACUGCAGCAUCAGGAUAUUUGCUGUGUGACCGGGGUGAGAGGGAGGGGAAGGAGGUAUGUGUUG